AUGGAAAUUCAAAAUGUCGUUCGCGCUUGGUUAGCAUUCACUAUACUGCAGCUUGCUGGUAAUCUUCAGCAAUGUAUCCAGCCGAAAACCUUUUCAGAAGUUUUGCUACGCCCUAAAACUGAAGCUAUAACAGAUAUAGCACCUAUCGCAGCAUCAUUUUUUGUCCAUUACUGGACAAUAUUACUCUUGCGCCUCUUCGUAAUUUAUUAUUUCGAUUGUAUUCCACUUCACGUGUUGCAUAUAAUUUGUUCGACAACAUCGACUGCCUUCCUUUGCUUCGAAAUUUUCUACACCGAACUGUUGAAGAAAUCAGCUGCUCUAUAUAUGCAGAUUGCUUUAACCGGCUUUACGGUAUUAAUUGUAAUAUGUAGCUGGAAGUAUCUGUUCGUAGUUAAUGGGAAGCAAGAAAAAACACGAAGGAAACCGGUCGCUAUGCACAUGAUGGAUUUGAAGAAACGUAAAUAA